AUGGUUCUUAGUUUGAGCUUCAGCAUGAAGUCCACUUAUCUUCAUGAAAGAACCGAUAUUCCAAAUAUAAAUUCUAGAGUAAAGGUCCCUAAUUCUAUAUGGUUUUUCGUUAGAUGGAUGGUGCCAACCUAUCAAAAUUUGAUUCAGUCUCAAAUAGCUGAUCAAAUUAUUAAAAUUGAUCUUUAA